AUGUCUCAAGAUCCAUUCUACUACCCUCCACCACCCAUGACCGCAUUUCCACAAUCUCAGAUCUCACCGGCUGUGGCUCCCACCCACCAAUAUCCACCUCCUCCAAGGCAGCCUCCAAAUGGAGCAUAUAGUUCGGCCACUCCACCGGCAGAGAGCCCCCAGCCCCAUCGACACACCCCUUCGAGUGGGGGAUAUGCAGCUCCCCCGAAGUCAGUGAGCCCGCCUCAGGAUCCAAUUGCUCAGCAUAAUAUAGCUGCUUUCGAGCAAAAUCGUGUUAUUGGAAUGGAAAAAGUGCCCGGGGGCGCACCGGCAUAUGGAGAAUUCACUGGAGCAAGGGGACACGACCAGGAUGAUACUGGGGUCUUCAACGGUGGGAGUUAUAGGAUCAGCCACCGAGAUACCAACUCGGUUUUGACGGUGCAACUGGCAAUGGGUUGUCCUUUGACUAUCAGACCUGGUGCAAUGAUUGGAAUGUCUCCAACGAUGACAUUGAGAGGAAGCGUCUCAUUUUCGUUGAAGAAAUUCGUCAUUGGAGGCAGCAUGACUAUGUCCCACUACACCGGUCCCGGCGAGCUCCUGCUGGCACCUUCAAUAUUGGGAGAUAUCAUGACCAUCCACAUGGACGAACCAGAGGAAUGGAAAAUCGGACGUGACGCCUUCCUUGGACAUACUGCUGGCAUCGAGCAUAAGUACCAGGCCCAAAGUUUAUCGAAGGGUGUUUUCUCCGGUGAGGGAUUUUUCAUCUACCACAUAACAGGAAGUGGCAUACUUUGGAUCCAGAGCUUUGGUGCAAUCAUUCGGAAAGAUCUUCGCGAAGAUGAGACAUACUUCGUCGACAAUGGGCACCUCGUGGCUUGGAACUGCAAGUACAAGAUGGAGCGUGUGGCCUCUGGCGGUAUAAUCUCCGGCAUUAGCUCGGGCGAGGGUCUUGCCUGCAAAUUUAAGGGCCCUGGUACUGUCUAUCUACAGACCAGAAACUUGAAUGCCUUUGCUGCUCAGAUGAAGAUGAGCACCGCAAGUGGUUAAUUCUAGCGCGCUCAUUCGACCAGAACAAAGCGUUCUGCGAAAUCUAUUCGUCGACUAUACUUUCGUCUCCGUUUUAUACCAAUUUUCUAUGUUCAGAGGCGGAUGCUCUAGUAUUUCAGUACAAUCAUGUGGAACUAUUGUGUAUUUUCGCAGCGUUACCGUCAAUUCUGAAAUAAGUCUGGCAUACUACAUACUUACAACCCUG